AUGCCUCCAAAACGCGGCAACACUCGACGUGAGACCCAGCAGCUUGCCGAACACGUCAAGGAUGGAAAGAGAAACGACCAAUUGAUCGCCAAUAUGAAGAAGUAUACAGACAUGUCCGACGCCGACGUAGAUGAACUCGCAUAUUUCAUGGUAGCUGCAGACUACUUCAAGCAACCGGACCAUCGUGAUGUCCCUUUCAAGAAUGUGCUCAGAGACUUAGAAAACCAGAUCAAGGAGCAACCUGCAGACCGGCGCACCGAAAUGUACAGAAACGUCGUGGCGGGCAUACAUGGAGCGAGGAAGAACUCUGACUGGGAAAGAGAGGCCGUCAAUCCCAAUGCAGAGCCUAAAACACCAUAUUCGGCAUCCAAGGCUGACAACCCCAAGUCGAACCAACAGCUCAUUGACGACCUAGCGUCAGCAAUGGAUGUGGACCAAAGAACAAAAGGCAUGGUACAAGCACAGAUCGUGUAUCGGGAUGUCUUGGGUGACGACAAACGUGUGGUAGGCAUCAUGUUUGGCGGAGAUGAAGGAGGCACUGUACACGGCGGCCGUCUGGGACGAGACCACAAAAUCACAGAUGUUCCAAAUCACUUCUUCCGCGACCAGAUCAUGGACUACAUCAACCAAGCAGAGGUGGAAGAAAAGAAAAAGGAAAGCUUGCGCAUUGCAGUUUUCUCAGAUCUUACCACAGGAGAAACAGCUGCAUACGCAGUCUCCAUAUCCACGGAUAUGGAAGAAGCGCGCCGCACAGUACAAGGAGAAGACGAUCGCCUUGAGGAGAUCAUGAACCAUUACAAGCCAAAACCAAAGUCAGUCGGCGAAGCCAAAAACAUCAUCGAGCAACAUGACUUACUCAACGAUGUCCCCGACGACGACGUCGACUUGACCAAACGUGGAAACUACGGAAAUAUCGAUUUUGAUUUCGACGGCCCAUUCAAAUCCGUGGUCAAACCCAGAAGCCACAAACUUGACUACGAAGCAGAGAUAAGCCGUCCGAAAACCAUAGACCUCGACUGCGAUCAGAUCCGUGCAUGUAUAGAUCUGUUUACGCGAGACGGUAUGUGGAACAUCGAUGAUUUCAGAUUGGCCUUGGGACAAAUUUCCAGGCCUGAAUUAACAAAGUUUCUGGACAAGAGGGGGCCAUCAGAGGGCAAAACACUCAGAGUGAGUGGCUUGUGCUGGGAGUUCUUCAAGACGAGGGAGCUUUUGGGUCUCGAUAUGGUCAAAAGUUCUCUAGACGAUAUCGAGAUGAUUGAGAAAAGAGGCAAGAAACGUCCUGCGUCUGGCGAUGAUGAUCAGCCUUCGGGCAAGAAAGCAAAGACAACUGAGCCAAUCGAUCUGACCGAUGAUUGA